GCCGCCUCCUAGAGGUUUGGUUUGCACUAGGUUAUGUCUGCGCGAGCGAUGGUGGAGACAAUUUGGCGUUCUUUUUUUUUGCGUUCGUUAUGGCCUGCCAUUUCCCAUCCAGCUUCCAGCUAUGACCCGUCCCAUAUUUAAGCCGAACUGUCUUGAAUCUGCCAUUAAGUGCAAUUUGACAGUCUACGUUUUUGCGAGUUUUCGAAUUUUUUGACCGAUUGAUUUAAAAUUAUGUCAUUUAUGAAAUAGCUGACUAGCGGGUUAAUUGACCGGUAUAAAGCGUUGCAAGACGUGUAUCACAUUAAAUGAUGACCGUUUACAGUAAUAGGCUUGAAACGCAAUAUAAUUAACUCUGCCUACAGUUGCACUGAAUCAACGGACGGAACAAUGUACCCGCCCAGAGCCAAGCCAAACCAACGCAACCAAAGGGAGGGGUCAUACGGUGGGGCUUGCAAUUUCGGACGUGGCUUUGAGUGGCGCGCAAGGUUGCAUGCUAGAACGGCCGUGGAUGGUGAAAAUGGACUUUGCUGGUUUUCCGACAAGUGAUACAGUUCUCCAAUUAGCUGCUUGUCGGAGAUUUCGCUUUUUCGGCAGAGGUGAUACAUUAGGCCGUUUUCAGAUACAGUAGCAAUAGAAAACGCCCAAGUUGGUAUAUAAGUUGCAAAGUUAGAUGGAGGAAACAUCAGUGUUCUGAGAGUUGUUCGCCAAACAAGCACAACACAAUCCAAUUCAUCAAAAUGAUUAAGAUUAUCGCUUUGGUUGCCUGUCUGGCUGUUGUUGCCUCCGCCCAAUAUUAUGGAGAAGAUUACGGUCAUCAUCACGAAGAUCAUCACCAUGCUCACCCCGAGUACAAGUAUGAGUAUGGCGUCAAGGAUUCACACACCCAUGAUCACAAGAGCCAAUGGGAACAUCGCGAUGGAGAUGUCGUGAAGGGACAGUACACUCUGGAUGAGGCUGAUGGAACUCACCGCGUUGUGGACUACCACUCGGAUCACCAUCACGGGUUCCAGGCUCAUGUUCAGCGGAAGGGACAUGCUCAUCACCCACAUCACGGAGAGAGCUACGCCAACAUUGAUCAACAUCACUGAUAUCUUUUAGCGGCCAUAAACUUAUAAUACCUGGAAAUAAAGCUCUUACUCUCCUUCAAUAUAAUAAUUAUCUUCUUUAUUGGCUGCUAGUGUAAACAAUUAAAGUUUUCGCGUAAACUCGAACAAUUGUUGGCAGCACCCUCUCAGAUAACAAUUUUUAUUAUUAUUGACUUUUUUUAUCAUGGGAAAAUUCAGCCCGAGGCUGAUUCAUCCCCGUAAGAUAACAAUUGAACUUUCUGAGUGUGUUGACCUUGACUAAAUAAGCCACUUUGCACACAUAAUAUCUUAAUUUUUGCUAGACUGUCUUUCGAAAAAGAUUUAACUCUUCCAAUCAUUUUUUUCCAAAGCGGUUAAAUAAAUGAAUGACAACCGGAGAUUUUUUUUAUUAUCGUAAGAAUGUUCUCAAAAUUUAAUGAUUUUUUUCACAGGUAGGGUUUACAAAUAUAUGAACAAAAACUAAGUUGAAAAAAAAAUCUGGGUCGCCUAGUUUUCCGGAAAACUCCAGUGCAAAACAAACAUUUUCCACAGACUGGUGGUUACUUUGA